AGCAAUUGAAAUCGCGAAGGAAGUACGACGGAUAGCUCUAUUUAUGUCUCAUAAGGCCAGUCAUCGGUUAAAUCUCUAAAUCAUGAAGUCCAAUCAUUCAAUGUUAGUUCUGUGGCUAGUCGCUAUUUUACGUGGAGUUUCUGGAGAAGCAGGUAAGAAGUCACAUCCCUCUCCAUGAGUGGUUUUAGACGACAGCAAGAUAUUUUACUUUUUAGUACCGAAAGAUCGAUAUAAACUCUCUCGAUAAGAUAAUCGAUUGUUAAAAGUGUUGCCAGGUGUAGUGUUGUUCAAUGUGUUUGAAAUACGUAUGUGGGAUUAUACAUAUGCAUUGAAACAAUAUGAUUUAGCAAAGGCUGUGAAUGUUAAUCGUUUGUGAUUUUCGCUUUGCGUUAUCACUCGUGUAGCGUCGAACCUUUCAACUUUCGAAUGGUUUAAAUUCAAAUAAGAUUCCAGCUGCGAGUUUUGCGAAUAAUUUUGAAGAUCAACUGUAUAGCUUUGAAUUUGAUUGUUUUUGUGACGAUAAUUAUUUCCUUAUUUUGGUCUAGUGAUCGUUUUGGUAGAAAUUGAUAAAUAAAGCCCUAUUGAGGUUGUAAUCCGCUCUGAUCUUUCGAAACUUUUCGUAUUCGGCAAAAGCUUCGGCAUUUGAUCACCAGGAUUGAACAAAUACAUGGUAAACGAGUUAUUUGUUAUGAUGCAAAGGAAAUGAAAGGAAAAAAAAUCAGAAGAAAAUUAAUUUGCACUUGCAGAUGGACUUGUGUAAAAAUAUGCACAGAAGGAUAAAAUAGAGUUGUGAAACCCAUUGUAGGGCCACUAAUAUUUAUCAAUCAAUCAAUCUAUCUUUCUAUCAAUAUAUAUACUUAUAUGUAUUCAACAUUUUUUUAAACAGUUGUAUAUAUAUAUAUAUAUAUAUCUUUCUUUAUUCAGUGCCUACUGUGUUUUCUCCCAACCCAUUUGACAAUGUAUCUUCCCAAUAAAACUAAGCUAAAGAAUGGUUAAAUUGUAAUUUACUGGAGAUAAAUUUUCAUCCAAGCUAAAGCAGAUGAGACACAAAAUACAUGUAAUGUAGUACACUGUGAUUUUAUAGCUUAUUUGCAUCCAGUACUGUGGACCAGAAGUCCAUGAUUAAAGGCUUGCCUAAGGUCAUUGUUAUGUUUUCAUUACAUAGCUGGUUGAACAAAUCAGAAUGUAGGAGGAGAUUUUCCUUCUUUGAUUGUUUUUCAAAUUGGUUCAGAAAUGAAAGUAAUCAAACUGGAACAUGUCAGUGAGUUGGAUUUUCAAACUCAAGCAAUCAUCUCUGAUUGCUGAACCCAAUCCAAGUCAAGCAUAUGAUUGAUGUGCCAUCAUUGAAUUUGAUAACGGAGCAUGUGAUUGGCUAUGUAGUGUUUCUUUCUGACGAGGAGUUUGAGUUUACAAAGGAAUAGAUUCUUAAGUGCACUUCCAGUUACCUUAUUAUAAAGGUGUUGAAAGAAAAAAAAAUUGAUUCUCUAUGAUGACUUGAACUUCUGACCCUCAGGUUUGGUUCUUUGAUGAUUUACCACUGAGCUUAAGAGAAAAUAUUAGGUUAAUACAUGUAUGUGACAGGUCUCUUAAGAACCAGCAAUGUUGAAAGCAUCUUUUGAGUAAAUGAAACAAGAAAGGUAGUAAAUUUAGGUUAAUUUUUUUUUGCUCCUACAUUUAUGACGGAAGGAGUGAUAUUUCUCCUUAUUCCCCAAGAGAGUGUAGCUCACUCUUACCUUAUAGUGUACAUCAGUUCUUACCUGAUCAAAUGUUUGGAGAGUGGGUAAGAGGGGGGUAACCCACAAUGGGUGAGCAUUGUCUGUGGGAGGAGUACAAAGACUCAUGGUUGCUUCCUGCAAAAGAAGCAAGGAGACCUUCCAUUAGUCGACAUGAUAUUUACAAUAAAACCUCAAUUAUUAGGAUUUUUCGAUUAUGCAAACUUGCUUCUCGGCUCCCAUCAGCUACGAAUAUUUGUAUUCAAAUAUUUGAUUAUCUGGACUCCUGAUUAAUAAUCCAAGACUAUUAAGCCCAGUCUCCAAGAGUUCGGAUAAUUGAGGUGCAACUGUGCAGUACUUGUUUCAGUAGUUCACUCUGUGGAAGUAAAUACCACACUCCUUAGCAUUUCCUUAUGAUUGCUUUAUAACAGAGAAACAAGGAGAUACCCUAAUCACUAGUCAAGCCAGCUUGUCCAUUUGCAGACUUUAUAUUUACUUGUUUUUUAGUUCAUUCUGUAAGAGUUUACAACAUUCCUCUGUAGAAAUUCUCAUUGAGGAACCAACUGGACCGCACCUUUGGUAUUGGGAUGUCUUUAAAGAAAGUAAAGGAGGUGCAGGGGUGAGUAACUUUAUUUGUUACUAGCCCAUGUUGUAAAAACCAUUAUUAUGUGUACCAUUUAACGUCAAAUAAAUGUGGUCAUAGUUAGAUAACUACAUAUUAGUAACUUGGAAUCCUCAUACCGUUAUCACAGACAUCAUAGUAAAGGGGAGAAAAUUUAGGAAAUGAUUUAGUAUUUCAAGAAAGUCACUGGCAUGUGAUUCAAGGGGUGGGGAUGAGCAGAGUGAAGCACAAAAAAAGGAUCUUAAACCCUUGGUAUAUCAAGUCUUUUGCAAACUCAAAUCAAGUUGACAGCAAUUUCCCAUGGAUUUUAUCUGUACAUCUGUUGCCUAUUGUUUACUUCUAUUAAUAAUAAUAACUCAAAGCUCUCUUGGUGAGGGUGCCUUUUUUUUUUCUUAAGCACACCUUCCUUACAAUUGUUAACGACAACUUGAGACCUCAAAAAGUACAAUGUACAUCAUACAAUUUUUUUUAAAAUCUGUUGUGUCAUUUUUGUUAUUUUUAGCUAAAUAUUACUUGGACUAUCACUGUUUCUUUAUAAUGAACCUUAUUAAACACAUUUUUAACAGUAUUUAAAGAUUAUAGAUAACUAUGUUUCUCCCUCUAAAUCUUUGAUAAUUUCAGCCAUUUUCUUCUCAUACCCCAAAAAUUGUACACCCAAAGUUAGAUUUUACCAUGAUUUUAUUAAGCUAUUCAAAUGACUGGGAGUCAACCUUAAGCCAGUGAGAAUCAGAGGUAUUCAUUAUACCUCAGAUGUCUACAUGUUUGAAAUGCACAGGGUUUUAAUAGAUAUUGCAUGAACACACACAUUAACAGGGUACACUUUAGAACUACAUCUCUUGGAGUUGGUUUAAGAAAUGCAAGGAUGGUUAGAUGAGUUUAUAUAUUGUUCUUGAUUCAUGUUCACUACACAGUGAUAGUCUUCUUUUAAGAUUGCAGUAACUUGUCUGACUGAUAUAUUUUCUUUACUUGUGUCGUAUAAUUAUGUGACUGAGCAGAAGGUUUCAGUACAGUGUACCUAUGUUUUACUUACACCUAGUAACUAUAUGAGUUAAUGUUUUCAUUAUUACAAUAAUUGAGUUUUUGCCUCUCUUGCAGUGGAACCAUCCUUCAACUCAAACAACGGUUUACACAGUCUGUGAUAUCAGUGACACAAAAGAGAGACCAAAGAACUGGUUGCUAACAGAAUUUACUGAUGUCAAGAAUGCUAAACGACUUGAUAUUGAAAUAACAUAUACCCUCCGUAACUGCCCCUUAGCUAAUGUGGGGCCAUUCUGUAGAACAAAUUUCUCCCUUUAUUCUCAUCAUAUCAAUACAAAAUUAGAUGUUUCUCCAGACCCAUCACAAGUUAAGUUCAACAAAGAAACUGUAAUAACUCCAAAAACUCUUCCUGUGGCUGGUAAGAGCACAACAGAAACAUUUUAUGGGUCAGUGGUAACUAAAAAAAAGGGGAUUUAUCUCGCAUUACUAGACCAAGGAGCUUGCUUGACAAUAAGGAAGUUUGUUGUUAGAUAUCGUUACUGUUCUGAAAGUGGUGCUAUUUUGGUUAGAUUUCCAAGAACGGUUGCCCCAGCAAAUAAUAUCAAUUUAACCAAACAAGAAGGAGUAUGUACAGAUCCUAACUCACAUAAAAAGAGCAAUGGAAAGUUAUUUGGUGUGUGUCUUAGUAAUGGAGAAUGGAACAUUACAGGUAACUCUGCCUGCUUUUGCAACAAAGGUUAUGAACUCACCAAUGGAUCUUCAGACUCUUUGGAAUGCAAAGGUUUGUGCUGCCCUUAAAACUUGGGCUUGCCCUUGUAGACUAUUUCAGCAUUGAAAUGGGUGUGUGUAUUUAAUGUGUAGUUAAAAGUCUUCUCACACCUUGUUUGUUCAUAAUUUGAUAGAACGCUUAAGAAAGGUUUGAUGCAUCUUAAGUUGACAUGAACAAGGACUGGUUAUCCAUGCUACACAUGUCCAUUUAAAUUCCAUCUGUAGACAUGCACCGUUAUACAAUCACAGACUUCAUGUCUAAGGGUGACUAAUUCUAAGCAAAGGAGAUCCUCCGAAGGGCUGUUGUUAGUGACAAUGGAAAAAGAGGAACAAAUAAAAAAGUCAUGGGUUGUGAAGUCUGCAUCAGACAGGCUGUCUCACCUGGACAAGCAUGUUACAGGGUCAUUGUUAAAGUGUUGUGAAGGAAAGGCUUGCUGAUGAAAUUGUGCAUUGUUUCAUUUUAGAGUGUCAGAUUGGCUUCUACAGGAAUGCUGAUAGAAUUUCAAAAUGUCUUCCAUGUCCUGCAAAUUCAGCAUCUAAUACUGGCAGAACUGGUUGCACGUGUGAUAAAGGUUACUACAGUUCAUCUGAUAAGGCAGAUUGUAAAGGUACAUUAAUUGUUAAAUAUGUUAGUAAUCAUUACAGAUUAAUAGGUCCUAAUUUCUACACAGUAUCAUUUCAAAGUUGUCCAAUUGAAUUUGAAUUGCCUAUUAAGGAAUUAAAGGCCCUCCAAUGUCAAACUAUUUCAUGCUAAAAUUAUUAAUUAUGUUAUGUUGAUAAGAACAAUCUAGACAAUAAGGCUUGUGAUGGCUAAAGCUGGAGUUGGUUGGUGAAGGGAGUGGGGGAGGAGGCACAGAAUGCAGGGAAAAACAUCUCAAAACUUAAAAUUUGUAAGUCAGAAAGAUAAGAUAAGAUAACCUACUUUGUACAAUGCCCUGAAAUGCUGGCAAGAUACCAAAGGAGCUGAAGACCCUUCUUUUUAGAAAAUGCUGCAUAUGAAUCUGGUAGAAGCUUUCUCAGUCUUUGGCUACCAUUCUCUUGAUCAUAUUUAAUUGACAUUCACAGUGUAGUUUUAGUGUAAAAUUGAGGUGUACAAUUGUUUUGGAUGUGAAUAUGAACAAGUUUGCAAUUAAACAUAUUCUGUUUGCUUGUAGAGUUGCCAAAAGCUCCACUCACAGCUAAUGCUACUGUGGUCAAGGCAACGUUUGUUCAGAUCAGUUGGCAGCGUUCACCUGAUGACUUUAAGAAUGACUCAUUAACAUAUGCUGUAGACUGCUUUAAAUGUGAGUCAAGUAGAGACAAGAACUGCAAGGAGUCAUGUAACCCAGGCGUAGAAUAUUCACCAAGUAAGGAAAAUAUCAGUGGUGUUGAGGUGGCUAUUAAUGGUUUACCACCAUCCACUUACUUUCUGUUUCGAGUUUACUCAGUGAAUGAGUUGAAUCAACUGGAGCAAAACAGAGAUGAUUGGAACUUUGCAAAAGUUUUUGUCAAGACAAAAGGUAUGAAACUCAAGUUCAUUAUUCUUACAAUUGUGUUUAUUCAUAUUCAUGUAAAAUGCAGUGUUACUUAGGACGUUUCUGCACCUGCAAAAAGUUGUUUAUUCAGGCAAAUUUUGUGUUAUCACUAACAGAGUGCAGAUGGUUUGUCGCAACUUGACAAAUUUGGCUGAAGCAGACAAAUCUUCAAACUGCCUACAAAAUUUGUCUCAGGUAAAAACCAGACAAACUGGACAAAAUUGACUAAAUUAGCAAAAGUGGGCUAAAUUUGUCAAUCAUUGUUGUAAAAGCUAUGAAAAGUGUGUAACUGAACUGAAAUCAGUUUACUAGAAAGGCACAAUUUGUCUUUUGUUGCAAAAAUCUGGCACUCUAAAAUUUUAAAACGACUUAGGAUGAAUCCUGGAAAUUGGAGGUGGAAUACCUUGCCAAACUACACGGACUAGUCUUAUGAAAAGAUCAGGUGCUGACAGAAUUUGAUGGCUUUGAAAUUUUUAAUGCAAAUGCAAAGGAGGGAACAAAAAUUUGUCCUUUAAUUUUGUCAGGUCAAUUCUAGUUUUAUCUGCAAGUGUGGAAAGGCCCAAAAUCUAUGUUGUACAAGUAGCUUGUGAAGCUGGUUGCAGAACAAUGUCAAAUUACUUGCUAAAGAGCACAGGAUUGUAAUGCCAUUGGAGUCAGUUACUUCAAAAAACUUUAAGAUGCAUACAGAGCUCAGGAAUUUUUAUGACCUGGUAGAAAUAAACAAGAGGAUUCUCAGCUAUGAGAUGUGCAUGAUGUGAUGUCCGCUAAGACAAAGGCACAAAAAAUUGAGACAAACAAAACCCAACAGAACAAAAACUUUCAAACCAAGUUUCUAAAUUUAUAAUGUUGCAAUCCCAUGAGGAAACAUCAUUUUAAUUAGCAAUUGAACAGGAUAAGCUUUGCAGACCCAGCCACAUGUUCCUUAGAAAUUGAAAAUUUGCAUAGACCAGUGUGGAUCUAGUGGAAACUAGUUGGAUAGUCUAGAUGCCAGGAUGAGUGCCCAAACAUAUACUUAGCCUUAGAUUAUCUUUAUUCUUAUAUAAUUUAUUUGUUUGUGUAUUGAUCAGUAGCUUAAUAUGGAAAAAGGAGAACAAAGUCACUGACUGAAAUAAGUGUUUUUUUUUCUAAUUUCAUUAAUUACCCUUUUCUCUUUCUUUUAUUUACUAGUGUCAACAAUUCAUCCAACUGAAGGGAAAACAGGUACUAAGAGUAACUGAAUUAGAAUUUUUAAUUUCACAAAAUUUCUCUGUAACUCAGGAUGGGUUGAUAUUAUUGUAGACAUACUUAAGACUACAUACAAAAUGUACAGUAUCAACAUCAGAACAGAUAAGAUUCUCUUUCCUAGAAUUAAUGGCUUAUCCUGGAUAUUUUCUUCCCUGCCAGGUUCCUCAAAGACAGUGCUCAAGAUGGUGUUAUACAUAGCAGUUCCUAUAGUGGCUGUCUUGGUCUUUUUAGCUGUUCUUUUUGUUGUCUGUUUCUGUAGGUGAGUCAAAAUAAUAUAAAAACACACCUUGUAAUACAAUUAUGAUAUUUUGCAAGUUGUCCUCCUAAACAAAGUUUGGGUCUUAGUACUAACCAUAACCAAAAAGUUGCAUAUGCGAGUGAAUUAGUGACUUCGACAGAAUUUCACUUUACAAUAUCAAUACAAUAUCAAGCAAACAAGUGAUGAGAAUCAAGAAAAUUAUCAAUAAGGAUCCAAUAUCAAUGGUUUUAGUUUUGAAUCUAAUUGGUUGAGAGACCAAGGUGAAUUUUUCUCUACCAAUCACUGAGCGAAGUAAAGCAAAACCAAUGCAACUCUGGCUUACUUUUGCCACUCAUUUGAAUUUUCUCAAUAUUGAAAUUGGCGUUGAUCAACUUACAGGGAAACGACUUUUGUUCACUUUGGUGCUGCACACUGUUUUUUUUUUUUUUUUUGGUCAGUUUUUGUCUUCACUAGAGUGUGUACAUAUUUAAUUGCACUGUUCAUUUGUGUUCACAGGGGAAGAGAUAAAAAAGGCUACUUAAAACCAGUUGAGUUGAGGGAUGGACAAGGUACUGUACAAAAAAAUUGACUUCCUUUAUCUCCCCCUUACCUGUAAAGCUUAACUUCACACAGGCGUUGACAAGAUGUCUUUUAGCCAAGGGGUUGUUCCUGAAUCUGGUUUUGUUUUGCAGUGAUUUUACCAACGAGAGGCCAGAGACUUUAUAUUGAUCCAAGUAAUUACGAAGACCCUGAGGAGGCUUUGAGAACGUUUGCCAAGGAACUGGACAAAAAGUGGAUCACUUUGGAACAUAUUAUCGGUGGAGGUACAGGGUGCUAAGCGAUAGAGCGCUUUUCGAUUGAGUGUCAUGAAACCAAAACCCAAGUUAUUAAUAAAACGACUAAUCAGAAGAAAGGAAAUAUUUUUAAUGGCCAAUGAGAACUCCAAAUGAAAACAUCCAAAUUGCCUAAAACUCGGGAAAAAGCGGGCGACCAAGUCGUGAUUGGUUUUAGUUUGGCAUUCGAUUGGUCGAGAGUGGCGCGCGUUUUUUGGACCAACCACAGAGCGAAGUGAAGCAAAACCAAUUUUUGGAUUCCUUUCGAUUGAAAAUUUCUCUAUCAUACAAGUUUAAACUUAUUUACGUGAACAGUUUGAAAUGAAAUUAUUUUUUUAAUGCAGUCGAUUAAGCGAGUGUAUUGCUUUCGUUUGGGCACAAUUUAAAAGGGAAGUAAAUUAAUGUAUGAGUGAAGAGGUCGACGUCGUCGAUUUUAGGUUUUAGCAAACUUAAAACCAGCUUUCUUGCGCGUGGAAUCACUUGGCUGUUAAGAUUGUUAAAUUUGAGAGCCAUCGGCGAAAUAGCGGAUGGUCUUUUUGUAGUUUCAUUUGAUUCAAUUUCAUGUCUUGAUUCGUUUCUUCCUCCAUUGAAAGUCACUCAAAGCGUAGCGUCACAGCCUUGAUUUUAAUAUUUGAUAUUUUGCAAUAACGGUUAUUGAUUGAACUUAUUUUCAGGUGAAUUUGGCGAUGUAUACAAGGGAACUUUGUCGAGACCAGGAGAAGAUACCAUCCUUGUUGCUGUCAAGACGUUAAAGGUAAGUACACUGUUGUUUUAUUCCUAAUUUAGUGGGAAUGUCAUGUGAUAGUUUAUGUGUCUUGCAUCUUAAGCGAACAAAGACAGUUAGAGCUUUUAACGAAAGAUAAACGUUUGUCUUGCGAUAUGGUCACUUCUGAUGUCGACCGCAGAUACAUCGUGAUAUAAACGGUAACACUUCACUAAAAGUUGAAUCACCGUGAUGACUAACCGCAACUUUCUUAACGAUAUUAAAUACAGUAUAUGGUUUGAACCUAGGAGUUACAUUUGAUUGUGUAGUCUGCUGGUCCGUUUCAAGGAGAGUAUCCUCCUGAGAUGAACCGCUGUCGUUAGUGGUGACUGACGUUUCGACAUCUUUAGCGGGAGUCAUCAUCAGAGUCAAUUGAAGAGUGAUGAAUGGAAUUGACUCUUGAAUCUGAUGAUGACUUCUGCUCAGGUUGUUAAAGCCUUAAUCAUUACCACCGUCGACAUUCCAGGAAUAUUCUCUCCCAGACGAUUAGACUUCGCGAUAACAUUUAAAGCCUCUUAUUUUGUUAUGAAACAGCCUUUUUUUUUACUUUCCAUUUCUUGAAGACAAAAAAAAGUCCUGGCUGAGUGACUGACCGUGACUCGUAAUUUUCACUCUCAGACUUAAGGACUGACCCACUGACUGCCUGACUCACCGACCAACUAUAAGACGAACUACACUAACCGAAUGACGGAAAAACGAAAAGACAGAUGACAGCGAGAUAUAGCUUUGAAUUUUUCCUGGCCAUUUUAAAAUUGAGGUUAUUUCCUUGUCUAUUUUUACACAGACUGGUGCUCUUCGUAAGAACCGCCAAGACUUUAUCGGCGAAGCUUCCAUUAUGGGCCAGUUUUGUGACCCGAAUGUCAUCUUUCUCGAGGGUGUUGUUACUAAAAGUAAGGGACCAGUGCAUGCACACAAAAGCCAAACAACAGCAAAAGCUUAACCUUAAUAUCUUUAAUAAAUAGUGAUGAAAUAAAUUUAAUUUGACUUGCCGAUAAAAAUCAAGCAAAGAAACGCUGAUAUAAUGGCGCCUUGCUAGAAUCUUGGAGGCGCCAGUUUUAAAAGAAACAGAUCCUUUGUGACAGUUUCUAACCAAUUUUCGGUUUAAUUAACUUUCAAUCUUUUUUUCCGAGCUUUAUAGCAUCAGUUUAUAGCCAAAAUGUAACUUUUGACUUUAGCUCUCAGUUCUAACUGAUUGACACAGUUUCAUUUAUUUUUCUUUUGAAACAGCCUCACCCAUGAUGAUCGUGAUCGAAUUUAUGUCCAAUGGUUCUCUCGACAAUUACCUCAAGGUUAGUGUUGUAACUCUGUCCAACAAUGAGCAAUAUUUUGGCCGUUGAAAUUUUUUCAAGCUGACUCGUAGGUGCCGUUACUUUGACUCAUAUUUCUCAUAUUUACACUGAUCUCAUAUUAUUUCUACACAGAAAAUGGACGGAAAACUUACAGCGCUGCAGUUGUUGGGAAUGGCGCGAGGUGUCGCAUCAGGAAUGAAAUAUCUCUCCGAAAUGAACUUUGUUCAUAGGGUAAGGGAUUUUAUACACCCUUUAUCCCGUCGCUCGUUUGCGUUCUUCCAUUACUCGUCCCCCCUUCGUCCCAUCGUCCGUUCGUACGUUCGUCUGUUCGUUCGUUCGUCCCUUCACCCCCCCCUCCGCCGUUUCCUUCGUCCCUUCGUCCUUUCGUUCCUUCGUGUUGAUGGUCUUAAAUUAUCCCCACUUCCUUCGUCCUUAAUUCCGCUCAGUUGCAAGAAUCAGACAAGUUCAAAAGUCUCUAUUUAUCAUUAAGGAACGUACGAGCAUUCGAGGUUGUGACCUCGAUGUUAGAAAUCCAAGGAACCGAAUUUUGAAUCUGUUUGUGUUUCCUAUAGGAUUUGGCUGCACGCAAUAUUUUGGUAUCAGAGGGUUUGGUUUGCAAAGUAGCAGAUUUUGGUUUGUCUAGAGAGUUGGAAGACUCAGCUUAUGAAACCAAGGUAUGUGUACCAUGUAAAUUCACCCAUUGACCUUAGCAUAGUGACUAGCAUCUAAUUUCUCCUUAGCAUAUCACCCACGAGAGUACUAAUAUUUCUCCUUUUCACAAUCUUGAGAAAUGUAUAGAGAACGGUAUGGAGAAUAUGCUUACUGAUCUUAGGGUGUAAAGGGUUAAGAUCAGAGCUCAUGAUGUGCUGUGUGAUGUGAUUGUCUAAUUUUCAGUCUGCCAGAGUAACGACGUUCAUUGCAUUCACUGAUGGGAGAGAAAAGUCAUCCAUAAUUCUACGGUCAAUUAAUAAACCGUUUUCAAAACAAUCCGUUCAUCUUGUCACGUUUUGCGUUUUCUUUGAAUUUGUGGUUAUGUGCAGUUCCUCCUUAAAGUCAUGAGAUGGUAUCUGUUUUCAGGGAGGCAAAAUUCCUGUCAGAUGGACGGCAUUAGAGGCAAUUGAGUACCGUAAAUUCACUCCAGCCAGUGACGUUUGGAGCUAUGGUGUCUUGCUAUGGGAAAUCAUGUCAUUUGCCGAGAGACCUUACUGGGACUGGGGUAACUAUGAGGUGAGUCCGACCAUUGGGUGACCUGUGACAGGCUAGUCUAUGAGCCUUUGUGUUUAUGUAAAUAUCUGUGAACAAUUAAUGGUUUCCUUCUCGCCUGCUCCACGCUUACCUUGCGUGCUCUUUAACGCGAGGGACUCGACACGACUCGAGCCAACCAGGCGACUCGACUAAAUACCAGUCCUUUUUCCGUUCAGUCCUGCGCUUUCCCUCCAAAGAGACUAGCUUUGUAACCUUGAAACCAUGCAAUCUGAAUGUGGCGCUUGAAGCUUUUCCUUGUAUUUUCUCACUAUAAAUUGUUAUUCAUGCUUUACGAGCUUGUUAUUGUAUAUUUAUUAUUUUUGUAUUUUUUUCCAAGGUCAUGGAACGAGUCAAAUCAGGUUACCGUCUUCCACCUCCAAUGGUACGUGUCUGAAUUAAAAUAUCACCGAAUUUGGUGUAGAUUGAGAACUAUGGCAAAUCUUGUAGAUUAUCCUGCUUCCACACACCUCUUAAGAACUAUGAUUUGGCGACAUUACAUGUAUGUUCCGAUUUGAUGAAAAGGAGUCAGUCGAAAAAAACUUAUGUUGCACGUGGGGAGUGCCUGAUGACCCAAUGAAGGUUUUUUUGGGGUGACGAGGAGACUGUUGUGUCUUUCCACCACAUACUUUUCAAUCAACAAAAUAGAUUAAGUGUUGCUUGGUUUUACUUUGUUUUUAUUCUUUUCUAUUUCAGAACUGCCCAAAGGUCAUUCAUCAGGUCAUGUUGAACUGCUGGAAUGCUGAACGGAACAAGCGACCGAAGUUUUCAGAAAUUGUGAAGAAACUCGACGUGCUGAUUCGAUCUCCUGAUAAACUCAACGAAGAUACUAGUACAGUUCCCAGGUAAGAUAGCUUGUAUAGAUACUAUCAUAUUACUGUAUUCUCACUUUACGGUCGACAGUGGUCUGUUUCAUUCCUAUUUGUUACAUUUUCAAUGACUAAAAAUCACUCAGAGUGGCGUUAACCCUUUAACUCCAAGAGGCGAUAAACAUUUAACUUCUCCCUAUAAUAUCCGUACAUUAUCCAGCAAACAAGUUAUAAGAAAACUCAAGCUUAUCGGGUAAAACUUGUUAUCUUGAUCUAACACCAUAUUCUCACUUUUAAUUUACAAGGAAAUGUUUAGUAGUUAGAGGGGAGAAUUAACAGUGAGAUAUUGGGAGCAAAAAUAUAAGCCUGUAAAGGUGUUGAUAUCCUACCCUUGAGGGACAGCGGUUGUCUUGCAUUUAAUUUGAGUGUAGCGUAAUUUGAGGGUUUUUUUUUUUUGUCUUGAGUAAUUGAUUGCGGAGAGUGCUGUUUUACUUUUACUUUACUUUACUUAGAAUCUUUAAAACUAAAAUCCGUAGAGUUGACCUGGCCAGCCUAGUGGAAGACAGUGGCAACUGCUGCAAUCUUUGCAGCACGUGAUUUUUUCUAAUUAUCUGCAUUGUACAAGUAUUUUUAUGUUAUCUGAACAUUGUUAAUAUUUCUAAAUAUUUUUAAAUUUUAAUGCAUAGUUUAUCGGCUAUAUUGUUACUUAUUAUGAUACUGUACAUAAUUUUGUAAUAGUAGGUGUCCCCAAUUAGCUCUAUGAGCUAAAUACAUUGACACGGUAAUGAAGAUUUUAUUAUUUAUUAUUAUUAUUACUUCCGAUGGAAUUUUUAGACUCUCCAUGGUGUAAAGAUUCUAGUGUAUGGUCUCAUUGGGGAAUCCCCAUUGAACCCAUGUGCCAUAAUAAAUGUGUUUGAUGACUUGACGUUUGGUGCUUGUAUUGUCACUACCAACCUGGCAACCGAAAAAAUGAUACGACCAAAGGAAUUACUUUUUUUUCCCCCUUAUUGGGUAUAGCGUGACUUAUCGUAAGAGUAGUGUGACUUGCCGCAUGAUUAUGUAUAGUUUGAGUCACUGUAUACUUGGUGUUACUCGUUGUAGGUCACCCAAGAUGGAAUAUACUCCCAUGACAACAGUGCAAGAAUGGCUGGAGAGCAUCAAGAUGGGACAGUACCAUGACAAGUUCAACAAAGCAGGCUUCACGCACCUUAACCAAGUAGCCAAUAAUGAUGAGCUCGACCUCAACGAAAUGGGCAUUAAGCUCAUUGGUCACAAGAAUAAAAUUCGCAAGAGCAUAAGGGAAGUGAAGAAAACCUUGGACAAAGAUUCCCUUCAAGUUGUCUAACUCUUAGCGUUGAAUUGGUAACGAGCCAGCUACAUUUUUGAGUCGGACUGUAAACAAGGGCAUGCGCACAAGUCAACAGCUAUGGAUAAGUAUAUCAAUCAAUAGAGAUGGACAAGUACACAUAAACGAAGACUUUUGUUUAGAGUUUUAUUUUCUCGGUGGAACUAAAUAUGAGAAUUUAAAGAUUUUCCUGCAUUUGCUUUUAGAAAAUGUAUCUUUUAAGGAUUUUAUUCAAUUCAGAACAGGCUCGUGACGUAGGUGUAAUGUUAUUAUUAUUAUCAUUAUUCUUCUUAUUAUUAUUAUUAUUACUUUUAAAAUAACUCUUAUCUUUAUGUUAUUACCAUUACCGGAUCAUUGUCAGUGUCUGAGCAACUGGGCAACUACCCCUCCCCUUACACAACAUUAAUUUAAACUUGUUAUCAGUUCACUGUUGUUGGAUAAGGGGAGAAAACGGUGCGCAUUUGCCCAGAUAGAUCUUACUGACAUUGAUUCCAACUAUCUUCUCUAUAACGACCCUUCUUCUUCUGGCGAACAUAUAAGUAGACCAGCGCGCUCAAUGCAUUAAACUUAAAGUGCGUCAAUAAUCGAUUUAAUCGGCAGAUAGCAUUGCAUUGGGAAGUAAAAAUUUUGCGGGGGAUAAUUAUACUCAGUAUAAUUUCCAGUUCCGCACUUUACUUCUUAGCAUUUGGAACCGGUGUGAUAAGUUGUGGAAGACUCAUAUCUCUCUCAAAAUAAAGACAGUACUCUUUUUCCUCAACGUUAUUUUUCCUAGACUGUGAAAGUAGGAGGAGUAGAACAGGGAAAACCAUUCAAAUUAUUCAAUUAUAUCUCUCAAAAUAAAGACAGUAAUCUUUUUCCUUAAAGUUAUUUUUUUCUAGACUGUGAAA